AUGAUGGAACGACACUACCCACCGCAGGCGUCCUUCAACAAGUCCAGGGCACCCUUCGGCUCCAAAGGCCCGCCCAAGUCAUCCACCUCGACCAUCCUCGAAUCCACAAAGCGACCACGUGAAGCCCAGCCUGCUCUAUCUACGAUUCCCAGCUAUGGUCCUUUGCUCGGCAACACGUACAAAUCCAGCACACCAUUCUAUCCUGCAACCUACGAUCCUGACUUCCCCUCCCCUUCCGCCGAGAGUCCGCCAGUCGAGCCAAGCCUCUUUGCCCACUCGUCCUCCUCGCGCAAGCCCAAGGACAGCAAUGCAAGCAUCCAAACUACUUCCACAAAGAAGAUCUCGCGGACCAAGAGCAGCGAGCGCCUGACAGUGCGCAAUGCUCGCGGCGAGAUCGAGUGGAAAGACAUGCCUCCCAUUCCGUCUACUUCUGCCCAUCACAUGCUUUCCGCUGCUGCCGGGUCACGGCGCCCGGUCUCGCCCUAUGAUCAGGAUCACAGAUCCUACAAUCGCGGCUACGAUCAGCAGUCACCUACAGAAGAAGCCGGCUACAUGAUAUUUGGCAACGGUGCAGCGCCGCGUCGACCCAGGAACAGGCGCAGAUCCACCGACGACAACGACGGCUUCCACACGGCCGACGAGGACGACGAGCUAGAGGCGCGCGAAUGGGAGCGCAACCGCGACAGGCAGAUGGAGGCAGACCGUCUCGAGGUGCAUCACCGCCAGCAGGCCCGCGAGGAGGAGCGACGUCUGCAGACCGACGAAGAGAGACGGGCAAGGAGACGGGUCGAGCGCGCCGAACGCGAACGACUCGCCGCUCUAGCGUUCGAACAAGAGCAGGAGGAGGAGAGGAAGAGGCAGAUUGAGCGUGAAGCAAGGCGGCAGAUGGAGAGGGAAGCGAGGCGAGCUGAGCGCGAGAGGCUCUUGGCCGAAGCUGAGGAGAGGGACCGUCUCGAACGAGAGGCGGAAGAGAAGCGGCGUGCCGAGCGCAUCGCAAGGCGUCUCGCACGCGAACAGGCCGAGCGGGAAGAGAUGGAACGUCAGAAGCAGCUCCGCGAGGAAGCGCGGAAGCGACGCAUCGAGGCCGAAGAGGCAGCAGCAGCAGAGCGAGCUCAGAAGGAGAAGGAAAAGCAGGAGAGAAAAGCCAAGCGCAAGGAGGAGAAACGUCUCGCGGCCAUCGAGGAAGCCAAGCGCGCAGAGGAGGCGCGGAUCGAAGCAGAACGGCUCGCCGAGGAGGCUCGUAUCGAAGCAGAACGCAUCGCCGCCGAAGAGGCCAUCGAGGCCGAGAGGCUGGCGAAGGAAGCGGCUAUCGAGGCGGAAAGACUGGCCAAGGAAGCGGUGAUCCGGGCUGAGCGCGAGGCUGUGCUCGAGAAGGAGCGCAAACUCAUUGAAGCAUACCAAGCAUUGGUGGAGGCCAAGCGACAAGUCGAGGAAGAGGAUCGCGAGGCCAGACGCGCAGGACGUCGCGAAGAUCGUCGUGCUCAGCGUGCCCUCGCUGCCGGAUUUGCGCCUGGCGAGACGGACCCAGAUGCGCAGCAGUCGGAUGAGGACGAAGACGAUGACGUCUACCAAGACGACGCCGCCUCCGACGACGCUUCCGAGGUGUUUGUGGAUGCCGGCGCUGACGACGAACUCGAUGCGGAGGCAAAGAGCGCCACCAAUGACUCUAACACGGGCUCCAUGGCUCGAUCCAUCUCCAACAUCGACGGGCUUUCCAGCACCGACGGCAGCUCGGAUGCGCCUGCCACGCCCGCCGACGAGCAGGCGCUAUCUCUGGCAGCGCCCAACGGAUCCACCGCCGACUUGGCCCGGCAGUCAUCUUCGAACGGCGGUCACGGCCAUGUCAAGUUCGCGAUGGGCACCAACGGCGAUGCAACCCCGACGGCGGCUCAUCCGGCAGAGAAGAUCGCGCCAUACAAAUCAGAUCGCUUCCGACAGGCUGUCAAGGUGGGUGCCCGCGGACGACUGCCAGUUACUCCAGCUGCGACGUACACUAUCAUCCCGCCCUCCACCUCGCUUCUCACGGCCACGUUUGCCGCUACGGACGGCGAGGACGAGGAUGAGGUCGACCAUUCUGGAGAACACCAGAUCGUGCAACCGAAUGGCCCGUAUCGCGAAGGCGGCAUCACAUACGGACGCGGCUGGUGCGCCCACGGCCUCGCUGAUCCCUCGCUCACCAUCGACCAUCGUCGCUAUGUGCGUGUUCCUCGCGAUACAACUGCGGACAAGGGAGCCACCGACUUCGACGAGGUCAUGUACAGCGAUCUCGGCGAGCUCGUGUGGUCGGCCACGACCCCGGACGUCAUCGCGCGCUUGAUCAGCCACCUCGACUACGCCGACGUCAAAGCGUUGCGUCAGACAUCUCAGUCGAUUCGCUUCGCGCUCGGCCAACUUGCCGGUCGCGAAAUUGUUCUCUCGCGCUUCCUCUCGCGCAUUGGCUACGAAGCUUGGUCGCCAACCGAGAUCAAGGGCGAGCUGGUCGAGAAGGAUCCGCUGCCCUUGAGCUUCAGCGACUGCGAGGCGUUCCUCCUCAGCUUCGACCUGCGAUCCGAGUACGCUCUGGUGGGAGCCGAAUAUGCGCGUGCGCCGCAUAAGAUGGAUCCUCGCUAUCCCAGACUAGCCCGCUCGACUACACGAGGCUACGAUCGGGUGCUGACGCGCUUGCGGAUGCAGGUCAACUAUCGACCUCCUGCUCGCGAGACAGACCCGACCGUAGUGGCCAUCUCGUCGCCCUGGAAGCCUGGUCGCGCAGGUUUCUUCCGCGUAUGGGUGCCCUCGACGGAAACAGGCGCCUGGCUGAGUGACACGGAGCUCGCGCGGUGUGAACGUGAACUCUUCAUCGCCGGCGUCUGGCCACAUCUCAAGAAAGGAGAUGUUGUGUGGGACUGCGCGGUCGGCGAAGAGCGCAACGAGGGAAAGUACAUCUUCGACGGCCGAUACCUACGAGAUCUCUCGUUCAUGUUCGAUCGUGCAGGUCACCUUCCUGCGUGGCUCAACGCGUUUGCGUUCGCCCCUAGCUACUACCACAACAUCGUACGGUCGACGGACGCCAGCCAGCCGGUGGUGUACCUGGACGUGCUGCCGUGGCGCGACCAGAUCGUAGGGAGCAUGCGACUGGUCCAGGAUCAGGUGGAGACAUUCUCACCGCAAGGCGCGAGGUACAGGAUCUCCAAAUGGCUCUAUCGGGCUGUCAUCAACGUCACACCGAUCGAGGGCGUGGAUCUGGGCUGGUGUGGCAAGAUCGUCAUCGAGACUGAGGGGACGGCGGAACAUGCCAAGGAGCUCAUCUCGCGCUGUGCGGGACCGGCAGAGUCGGCGAGGGUCAAGGCGAGGCUGCUGGCAAGUGUGAUGGACGCCGAUGGCCGACCGAGCAUCCCGAAAGCGCCGGCGCCGACCACGGACGAGAAGGGCAACAAGAUCGAGACGACCAGUCCGUGGGCGAUUGUCAGGGCGAGGAGCCGACCGGGAUUGAUUUGGAUCCGACCCAUGGACAUGCGCGAGCGGGUGGUGUUCUGA